AUGGCAACCGCAACUGAACACCGCGAGCGAGCGCACAAUCUAAUAUUCGUCUCAAACCGCCUGCCCUUCACCAUUAAGAAAGAGGACGGGCUAAUACAGCAGGAGCUCUCGAAUGGGGAUCUAGUAACCGCGUUGGCGGGGCUGGUCAAGUCCUCGAAUAUACAGUGGUUCGGGGCACCGGGGAUCAAGGUCCAGAAUGGGGAGGAGAAGAGGAGGGUGGGUGAUAAGUUGAAGGAGACGAAUGCGACGGCGGUCUUUUUGGAGGAUACGCUGGCGCAUGAGCAUUAUAAUGUGUUUUCAAAUUCGAUCCUCUGGCCGAUUCUGCACUACCAAUCCGAAAUGAACUUUGAUGAGAGGGCUUGGGGAUCGUAUCAGCACGUGAAUGAGAUAUUCGCUGACACGAUCGCUGCAGAGGUCAAAGAUGGGAAUCUGGUUUGGAUACAUGAUUACCAUCUCAUGCUUGUGCCGAAGAUGCUACGAGCGCGGUUACAACAGCAAGGGAAAGACUGCAAGAUCGGGUUUACUCUGCACUCGCCGUUCCCUGCGCAGGAGUUCUGGAGGAAUAUGAAAGUCCAGGGGGAACUUGUGGCUGGGGUGCUGGCGGGUAAUGUGGUUGGGUUUCAUACGGAUGAGUAUAAGCGGAAUUUCAUCAAGAGUUGCGCUAGUGUUUUAGGCGCACGAACUGAUGUCGCCAGUCAUGUUGACUAUGAUGGACACCGGACGUUCGUGGAUACAUUUACGCUUGGGAUCGAUCCGCAAAAUUUCAACGAUUCUAUGCAGGAUACCAGAGUGCUUGCCAGGAUCGAUGAGUUGGAAGAGAUAUACGAGGGCGUCAAUGUCAUUCUUGGGGUGGAUAGACUGGACCAUACGAAAAAAUUAUUGCAGAAAUUGCAGGGCUACGAAUACUUUUUCAACGCGCAUCCGGAGCUAAUUGGGAAGGUGACAUUGAUUCAGAUACUCCUUCCCAGUGCAAGAGAAGAUGGUGAUGAUUACGAGGAACUCGAGACAGAGAUCAACAGACUGACCGUGGAGAUUAACGAGAAAUACGCCACUGAGGAUUGGUCCCCCCUCGUCAACUUACACCACAAAAUCACCUUCAUCGACCUCACAUCCCUAAUGUGCGUCUCCAACGUCUGCUUCAUGGCCUCCCGCCGAGGCGGCAUGAACCUCGUAGCAUCGGAAUACGUCGCCUGCCAGGAGAACAGACACGGAGUUCUCGUGCUGUCGGAGCUGUCAGGUGCAGUGUCGUUUACGAAAGCCGGGAGCAUCACAUUUCAUCCGUCGAAGAUGAAUGAGAUUUCAGAGGCGAUUUACACGGCGAUUAUGAUGGGGGAGGGGGAGAAGGAGGAGAGGUAUAAUUAUUUGAGGUGUUAUGUUACGACGCAUACGAGUGCGAGGUAUGGACGAGAGUUUAUAAAUUCGCUGUCGCAUCGUGCGCAGGUUGGUGAUUGA